UCGGCUCGGCGCUGCGGCGCAGCAGGAUGGACUCCCCGGCCACGCUCUCCCCGGCGCCCCUCGUCGUCCCUCUGGCCGGCGCCAGGCCGCAGUUUUUUGAUGCUCUCCACUGGAUUCAAGCUAUCAUGGCUGCGUUAAGCGUCGUGGGGUCCAGCUCGAUCAUUGGCUAUGCUGUCUUCCAGAAUGGCGCCAGAUCCCCAGAGGUGUGGCCCCUCUUCUACCUGAGCACCUCUGACCUCUGCCUGGGGCUGUGCUGGCUGAUCGGGGCACUCUUCUAUGGCAGAGAGACCAUCGAGGCAAAGGACCAGGGCGCUGCCUGCUAUAACCUGCAGGUCAUGGGACAGGUCAUCUAUGUUGCAUCUUUCCUGUAUACUGUCAAUUAUACCUGGCAUCUUUACAUGGACUUGAAGGUGAAAUACAACCAGAGCCUCUUCAGCCAUUCUUCCCAGAUAUUCAGCAACAUUGGCCGAACAGCAAUAAUUUUAUCUACCUUGAUCCCUUUCUUGUUCAUGGCUCCUGUGUUUGGUUUGGGCAACCUAAACAAAUGUUACGACGAACGUUAUCAGAACUUGACCAUAAAACACAAGUGCCUUCUGAUGCACACAGAAACAUACCUGUCACCUGCAAGUGACCCCCAAUCCCGCUGCUCUGUGCUCUAUAUCUACAGCAUCGGAGUCUUCCUCGUCUUUUUUUUAGCCAGUUUUGCGGCUAUCCUGGUCCUGCUUAUCCAAGCCAGAUCUUUGUACAAGCGAUUUGUGAAUUCGACAGGUUUCUUGGGGGAUCAACAGUGGGCAAUGAUCAAGAUGGUUGAGCAACGUGUGAUUUUGUACCCCAUUGUGUUUUUCUGCUGCUGGGGCCCAGCCUUUAUCCUUGGAAUAGUCAAACUCACCCAUUUGGAAAAAACAAAUAAUCUGUACAUGGUUCUUUAUGUUUUAGAGGCCCUCACAGCAUCUUCCCAGGGUCUACUGAACUGUGCUGUUUACGCCUGGACCCAGCACAUGUUCCGCUGCUUGAAACGCGAAGCCUGCAGAGAUGUGGACACACAGACGCCGCUGCUGCGCUCCCAAAAGAGGUUCUACGCCAGCACACUCCCUGUCAACAGCCAAGAGGUGGCCAAGUCCCCCUCCACAGUGUUACGAGCAAAAGAACCUUUGGAGCCACCCAGCCUCUCCGGCCCUCUCCCUUCCGCAGCCACGAGCCCCACUGCUGCCACCUGGUUCCAAGCGCCACAGGCCCUGAAUGUAAGCAAAACGGAAGUGGGCCACCAGGGGCUCUUUCAAGAAGUGGGCGUGUGAUGUCGGGCUGACAGUCAGUCCCCUCCCAAGGCACUCAUUCAAGCCAGAUAAUGGAUGCUUCGUAACUGGAUCUGGGUGGAGAUGAAGUAUCUCGUUCUCUCUGUAUUUUUUAAAAAUCAGCAAUAAUUAUUUAUUUGAUAAAAAUGUUAUAGUCUAUUUUAAUCCUGUAGUAAUUCCCCUGUGGGGAAUAUGCCCAGGAGCUGCAAAGCUGCUUAGCACUUCUCCUGACGGCUUUCGGGCUGUAGGGGGCUUUCCUUACCUCAAUAAAGGUUGAAUAUUGUAUCAUUUCCUACUUA